AUGGCACCCAUGAAGAGAUCCAGUUCAGAAACCUCUUCGAGCCUAUCGUCACCUCCACAAGUAGAUUCCUCGACCUCGUUGACCGUUACCAGCCAUGAUGAUCAGCUUCAAGAACCUUCUGCAAAGAAGACAAAGAUCGUCAAACAAAGUCCUAUCAUGUUUAUAUCCCCCGGACAAGCGGUCGAUACCAGCAUCAUCGUCUUUAACCAGGAGUUUCGUGUUAGCUCUGUGGGUCUAAAAGCAAAUACGAUGUACUUCCAAAAGUUCUUGGAUCCUUCUAACGGCUCUACCAACAAGAAAUAUUCAUCCAAAUUUAAAUACCAGUGGUAUACAAAGGUCGAAGCUGAUGGUGGUUGGUGUAUUUCAAGCGCACCUGAGGAUCGUGUUAGUGAUAUGACUGCCUAUAUUGGAGACAGUGAACGAGAAGAAAAGGCUUUCCACAACCUUCUUCGAGCAGUUUUCUCCCAGCAAGCGGUAAUUGAAGAUGCUACAGACCUUUGUCGCUUAACCAUAUUGGCCGAUUUCACUUGCUGCCUUCCAGUCGUUAAAAACUCGCUUUUUCAGACACUCAUCAAAAAUCCGAACUUAUAUGCCAGUAUCCAGAAGACUCCGUUAGAGUUGAUUGAGUGGGCACUUAAGCUUCGACACCCCUAUCUUUUCCGAGAGUGUCUUAUCCAUCUCCUUGGGCCCUUCCAUAACCCCCGAUAUCUAAAAGUUGAGAAUCCGACCAUAUUCUCAAUCGCAAGAGUGAUUGACCAGCAGUUCAGAGCAUAUCUCUGUAAUGUUCAAAGAGACCUUCUUGGGCUUAUUCUCGAAGGUAAAGCCUCUGCCCAGUUCGAAACAGUCUGGCGCCACCAUUUGAAAGGAUCUCAUGUCUUAGUGGCAUCCACACAAACGAGAGUGAUUUAUUAUCCAGCUUGGUUUCGAAAACUGUGUACUAUAGAUCAUGCAAAUGAGGAGUUGAAUUCUGCAGUCAAGCGGAUUUUGGGGCCGGUUUUGAAGAAUUGCCUUACAUUGGACGGGUCUGGUGCACAAUCUGGCGAAGGCAGAUUCCGAGAUUACUUCCUCUGCUACGAUAUCCCAGAUUCGGUGAUGCCUUGGAAUGAAAACGAGAGUGACUGGUGA